AUGGAGGUAAAAUAAAUCCCUGGGAAUAAUAAAAAAAGCCGAAAAAUUACAUGAAAAUACAGAUAAUUGUGACUUUCGCCACUAACACCUUUCGUCCUGUGCUGAAAAAGUGAUUUACAUCGGAGAACCAGAGAAAGCGUGAUCGGAAUAAAGGCGUCUACUAGGGCUCUCGACGGAAGAUCGAUUCCCCGGCGAUAUUAACUCCGGCGGUUGCAGUUGUCAGUCCGACAAGUUGUAUCUCUUCACUUCCAUUAGGGUUCAUCCAUUCUUCCAUCUGCUGCGACUUUCAUGGAUUCUUCUUCUAGGGUGCCAAUAAAGAUAAGAUCUUUUGACUGUUAAGUCUCUUCUUUGAGCCGUUGACUUGUUGUUCCUCCAUUUCCUCACCUUUGCUUAACUUAUAGCAGCGAUGCCAACUCCACUGCUCUCCGUUUUCCUCGCCAUUCUCAUCUCUUCUUCCACCACAACCGCCGACGAAGCCACUCCGGUGACCCGUUUCCAGCAAUACCUCAGAUUCAAAACCGCGCAUCCCAAUCCAAACUACACAGCUCCCGUCUCUUUCCUCACAUCCAUCGCCGAAUCCCUCGGCCUCAAAGCCCAAACCUUUGAAUUCGUUGCAGAAAAGCCCGUCCUGCUUCUGACCUGGACGGGGUCAAACCCAUCUCUCCCUUCCCUGCUCCUCAAUUCCCACCUCGAUUCCGUCCCGGCGGAGCCUUCCAAAUGGAUCCACCCGCCGUUCGCCGCCGUCCGCGACCAGGACGGCAAGAUCUUCGCCCGCGGAGCUCAAGACGACAAGUGCAUCGCCAUCCAGUACUUGGAAGCCAUCCGGAACUUGAAGGGUAGAGGGUUCGUGCCUGCUCGGACUGUUCACGUCUCGUAUGUCCCCGAGGAGGAGAUUGGCGGGGAAGAUGGCGCGCAGAAGUUUGUUGCAUCCCAGGUGUUCGACGAAUUGCGAGUUGGGUUCGUGUUGGAUGAAGGGCAGGCGUCGGUGAACGAUGAGUUCAGGGUGUUCUAUGCGGAUCGGUCGCCUUGGAAGGUGAUUAUCAAGGCAAUUGGGCAGCCUGGGCAUGGCUCGAGGAUGUAUGAUAAUGGGGCGACGGAGAAUUUGAUGGAGAGUGUUGAAGUUAUUAGUCGGUUCCGUGAGAGUCAGUUUGAUGUUCUGAAGGCUGGGAAGGCUCCCGCUUCUGAGGUUAUCUCGGUUAAUCCUGUCUAUUUGAAAGCUGGGAUUCCUUCCCCAACAGGAUUUGUAAUGAAUAUGCAACCUUCGGAGGCAGAAGCAGGUUAUGAUGUUAGGAUGCCUCCUGCUGCAGACCCGGAUCUGAUGAGGAAAAGAAUUGCUGAAGAAUGGGCUCCGGCUGAACGCAACAUGACAUUUGAGAUACAGGAGAAAGGGCCCAUAAGAGAUUUGAAGGGGAAUCCAUUGGUGACGGCAACUGAUGAUUCUAAUCCAUGGUGGUCCGUGUUUAAGCAAGCCAUCGCUGCAGCUGGAGGAAAGCUGGGGAAGCCUGAAAUCUUGGCUUCAACUACUGAUGCAAGGUUCAUGAGAGAGUUGGGAAUUCCUGCAUUGGGGUUCUCUCCCAUGACCAAUACUCCCAUUCUACUGCACGACCAUAAUGAGUUUCUGGAAGAGAGCGUGUUCUUGAAGGGCAUCGGGGUCUAUGAGCACGUAAUCAGCUCCCUCAGUUCGUUUGAGGCUGUGAAUGAUGUGUAGAUCUGAGAGUGAAAGUUUUGAAAGUACAUGAAUGGUUACCAUACUGAUUACACUUUCGAUGUAUUUGAAUGCGAACUUAACUGCCCAUGUAAUCUCAAUUGCAUAAAAAUCUCUCUCAAAUGAGUCCAAACAUUGUCACUUGCGCUGGAGAGCAACAUACAAGAGAGGUAGUUCUUUGCAUUUGGUGUUCAUAAUAACUUCAGCACGCUCCGCGAUCUUCUGACUCGCCCCAUCAAAUAUCCUGUCGAGGAUCUCUUCCCCUCCAAAGUGUCUGGCGAACAGUUCCUCCAUGCCUGCCCUCAUCGCGACCGCCCACCCUCUCAGACCAACGCCACCCUGCUGAAGCCAUGUCGAUUCCGGGCUGACCACCUCCAACUCGAUGCACGAGAAGCACUGGUUCUCCUCCACCAGCUCCCUCAUCUCCCAUGGGUGCGGGAAGUAGAUCGGUAAGUUGAAAUUGUCCAGUUGGUCUUCCUCCAGUACUCCCUGACGAACCAAAUCCAGGAGGCUGAGAUUGACGCAGCUAAGUACAGAGCUAAAUUGAGUUUCAGAGUGAUGCAUCCCAUCGGGCACCCCAGACAUCACAAGCACAAGCAUCCCUCCGCUCACAAGCUCCUCACUUCUGGCCUUCAAGAACCCUCCCAUGUCCUUCCUGAACUGAACCCUGUAGGCAUCCUCCACUGGUUUCGGAGCGAAACCGUAGUGAAUCAUUCCCCUGUUCCAAGCAGGGGAUCCUCUGUCCACCACCUCCGUCGGCACCCUCGACAGCCAAUGGGCCGACGAGGCCGAGUGAGCCAUAUGCAGAAACGACUUGGGGAACAACCUGUAAUUAAUUAGACACACAUAUAGUUGAUUUGUUGCUAAAACUAACUAAAAGAUGUCAGAUCAGAACACAAUUGCUACUGGGUGUUCACGCAUCAGAGGUUAGUAUAUAGUUUCAUACCCAAAACUCCGGUUAAUUCGUAGUUUCAACAGCAAAAUUCGAUGAAGCGUACGUACGGUAAGAUUAGCAUAGUCAGAUGUACGCUUAGGUACCUGGUAUAGAACGAUCCGGGGACUCCUGCAGCGAAGUAGUCUCGCUCCGGAGGGAGGGAGCGAAAGAGGGCGUUGAAGUCGUUGUUGAUCUGGUCAUUGAAGAAGACCUGGAACUCGGGAAGUGACGACGGUGGCGACGACGACGCAGCAGAGUCAGAGUGAUCGGUGGAGAUCAUCAUGGUCUGGUACUUGUGCCUGACUUGCUGGACAAUGUGCUCGACGUUGAGGAACGUGUUGGGUCCGAUCGAGCAUCCCAGAUCCGCGACCCGGAAUGUGUCGCCGCCGAAUCCCAGGUCCAGUUUCUUGGCUAUCAGUUCCUCGAUUCUCGGCUUCAUUACAUCCGUCAUUUU